GCCUUUCCAGUAACUUCCUUCAUUCGAAGCGCUUAAUUGAAUAUCUGUUGGAGAAACUAUAACAACAAUAUCGAUGGGAGCUUUUCGCCUCAGUUCAACGAUCAAUUGCAAACAGUUCAAUUUCAACUUUGUUGGCGCGCGCUUCGAAAUCUAAGCGUUAAUUACGGAAUAACACGAUAGUUCUAACUAUUUUGAAAGACUUCCUAGAAAAGUGAAACGUGAAUAAAAUAAAUUUGUUUAAAUUGAUGUCAUCCAAGCUGCCAAUAGCAUUGUAAUUAUCACUCACUUAACAACAACAACUGCGACGACGACGACGACGACGACAACGACAGUGAAGCGCACUCUUCAUCUUAUGUUGACAUUACUCAGCGGCGAGGUCAAGCUCUUAAUUGAAUUACAUCCAAACGAACAUACAUAUCUACACAUGUCUGUAGUACAGUACUAUAGAAAAAAUAACGGCAAACAAGUUCUCUAACCAACCCAACCAUCCAACAACGACGACGCCGCCGCCGCCGCCUUUCUCAGUUGCCACCGCGUCAGCUGGCAAUGCACUAACUGCAGUUGGCAGACAUUCACCCACGGGGACAAUGGCAAAACAUCUGGAUAUAGUACCUGCAACACUACAACGCAGCCUCUUUGUUUUGCUGCUUUGGGCGCUCAUCCUGCAGGCGGCAAUCGUACAAAGAGAUGCACCCAUCGCAAUGGCAGACAAAGUGUAUGCCGACGCUGCUGCCCGCCCUUUUGCUAGUACGAGUAACACGCCACCGGAGUCGCCAACACCGCCCCGCACAUGCAAUUCCAUUGAGGUGCGCACAAGGAAGGAUUUUGCAUUGCUACAGAAUUGUACGCGCGUGUUGGGGCAUGUGUGGCUGGCGCACUUGCAAAUGACGCCCAACGAUGUUGCCGCGCGGCAAUUCGCCUCCACCGUGACGGAGAUUAGCGAUUAUCUGUUGGUUCAUCGUGUGCAUGGCCUACGAAGUUUGGAGCAAAUAUUUCCACAUCUACAAAUUAUACGCGGCCGUCAAUUGUUGUUCGAUGAGUUUGCGCUGGUAGUGUAUGAAAAUCGCGAUUUGCAAGAUUUGGGCCUGAAGUCAUUGCUACGCAUACAAAAGGGUAAUAUACGCAUUGAAAGUAAUCCAUCUUUGUGCUAUGUGGAUACGGUGAACUGGGUACAGCUGCUGGGCAAUAGCACGCAGCAGCAUUUUUGGCAUAAGAAUAAUAAAUUGCACAAUCACUGUACGCAAUGCGCUCGCAGCACCAGGCAAGUUAUCGUCGAGGAAGAUCUUCCGGAGAAGUUGCGUAAGCAUUGCUGGAAGUUUAAUAUGCCACAACGACGGCCUGAUACAAGCAAUAUUGUCAAUUGUCGGUCGGACUGCGGCAUGCGUGGCUGCGAUGAAAAUGGUAGCUGUUGUGAUCGUAAUUGUCUGAGCGGUUGCGACGGCACGAACUGCGUGUUGUGCGCGAAUCUGAACAUGGAGCGACAAUGUGUGGACGCUUGUCCACAGAACUACUAUCAGUACCAAGAUCGCGAAUGCAUCAGCGCCGCCAAGUGCCGCCAAAUGGGUUGGAUACCACACCCUCCUGACUCAGGCUGUUUGGAAACAUGUCCCAAGAACCAUUUGAGCCAAGUCGAUGCAAAAGGCCAAACAUACUGUAAAUUGUUAUGCGCUGGAAAAUAUAGCAUACAUACAGCAGAUGAUUUCGAAAGCUUAAAGGGUUGUAUUACCAUAAAUGGUUCAUUAACCAUAGAGUUGACCGAUGUUAAAACCAAAAUCACCGACUUGGAUAAUGCGCUGGUUAAUAUCACCGAAAUCACAGGCUAUUUGAAAAUCAUAAACUCACCACAGUUGCUGUCGCUGCAUUUCUUGCGCAAUUUAGUCACCAUACGCGGUGAAGAGCUUAUAGAUGAUUUGUAUGCACUUUAUGCUGUCGAUAAUUACCAUUUAUCUGAAAUUUGGACGCCAAAUCAAAAUGUUGCCAUAUUAAAAGGCAGCAUUUAUUUUCACCUCAAUCCGCGACUGUGUUUGAAUAAAAUUCGUCAACUUGAGAAGUCUUUAAAAAGCGCCAAACCUAUUACCACAGUAAAUGUUUCACCACACUCAAAUGGAGAACGGGUCAUUUGUAGCAGUCCUCUGGGCGUCUUAAAUGUUACAGUUGAAGAUUUCAAUUCUACAGCAGUGCGCCUGAAAAUAGAUACAUUUACUGUUAAUAAUAUACAAAUUAUACUGGGCUAUGUGUAUUACUAUAAGGAAGCGCCCAUUAAGAAUGUCACUCUCUACGAUGGACGACAUGGCUGCGGACAUGAUAGUUGGCGCAUGGAUAUAAAUCCCACCAAAAAUGUGCGCUAUAUAAUUUCAAAUCUGAAGCCUUAUACACAAUACGCCUACUUUGCGAAAACCUUAACAAUGACUGACUAUCACAUACAAGUAGAUGCCUAUUCAAAAAUUCAAUACUUUCGUACGCUACCGAGUAAACCGGGACCGGUGAGGAGAGUCUAUUACACUGCAAUCGCCAUCGAUAAAAUAGUUCUCCACUGGUGGCCACCGCACAUGCCCAAUGGCGAAAUUGAGAUGUAUUUAAUCUAUCACGAAAAAGUGAUCAUUGGUAAACAUAAUGUUACUCUAGGAAAUCAUCCAGAAUUUUUGAGAUACUCAUCAUCAUGCGAGUGUGUUGUUAUAAACCCUGAAUACAGUGGUCCACUACCCAAGGAUGAAAAUUAUUAUAACAAAGAUCAAAUAAUUUAUGAAGAAACUUUGCCGAAUUUAAUUUUUGUAUCGCGCAAGGUGGAUAACAGGCAUGUGCGCCGCGAAGCGAAAGCAAUUGCUUGCAACAAUGGUACCAAUUGUGUUGACGGCAAACUUUCCACUACCCCCAAUACCAUUAGCGCCUUUCUCGAUAACACAUCUAAACUUAUACGGCCCAAACGCAAAGUACCAGAUAAUACGCGCAAAUUAGCUGAAAAAAAGAACAACAAUAACCUUGAAGAUAAAACCAACAAAGAUGACCACGAUUUGGAAGGCGAUCCAAAUUUCAUGGAAGCAAUACGCAAUUUCAAUAAAUUCCGUGAACAACAGGAAGAAAUUGCGCUCAAGACGCAGGAUACUGGACCGGAUGAUUUCCCUAUAGUAAAACAGCGACCUGUAUGCCAACUAGUCGGCGCCUCUGCGGAAUAUCAGCUACAAAACGAUUGUCGAGCGCAGGAAAUUUUCGAUGGCAUAGCGGUGCCAGGUCAUGUACACUCCUACAAGCUAGAAGGACUGGAACCAGAUCAAACCUAUCGCAUUACCGUUCGUGCAUGUGUAGCGAAUUUGAAAAAUGGCUGCGGCGUUGAGACAAGUAUUUUUGCGGAAACGGUCAGCAAGAGUAUGGAGGAAUUCAUAGAAGAUUUGAAAGCGUUGGAAUGAUCUAAGUGAACUGAGUGCACUGAGUGCACUAAACACAUGCACUGUUAGUUUUAAAAUUGUAUUAAUCACACUUUGUUUUGAUUGCAAUUCUAAAUAUAUUUUUUAAUUAAACGACCUUCGAAGUCAUUUAUGGAAAUG